AUGACUUCGGUCGAGAGCGAAGCCCACGAAUACUGGUCCGCCGCCGCCAACCCGCGCAUCGCCGCCCUCUGCGCGACGAUCCGGGACGACAUGCCCGCCUCGGAGCUCGAAGCGCGGCGCCAGGCCCUAGCAGCCGAGUCCGCGGCCAUGCGCGCCUUCCUCUGGCGCUUCGAGACGAGCCUGAACAACCUGCAACCCGUGAUGCGCCUGCCCACCGAGAUCCUAACCACGAUAUUCAUGCUCGUGGCCGAGUCGAACCCCAUCACGGGCUACCCGCACAACAGGCGCGCCUACGCGUACCUGGGCGGCUCGCACCGCAACCCCGCCGCGUACGUCGACUGGCUGCCCCUCACGCGCGUCUGUCGGCGCUGGAGAUCUGAAGCGCUGGCGUGCUCGCCGCUGUGGGGCCGCAUCCCGCUGAGCCUGGGCACGAAGGGGAUCGACGAGUUUGUUAGGCGGAGCAGGGACGCGUCGCUCGUGAUCGACUGCUCGCCGCACGACAAGUACCCGCACCUGGGCGAGAUGCUCCAGCCGGCCCACCUCCUCCGCGCGCGCGAGAUCCACGUGCCGACGACCGCGCUCCAGGGCCAGCACGCCGCCGCGCUCCUGCCGCUCCUGACGAGCGCCGCGCCGCGGCUGGAGGCGUUCACGAUCAAGGGCGGCUUCGCGGGCGCGAUUCUGAGGCGUCGAGCAGCGAUUAAACUUCCAGAACACCUCUUCGCCGACGGGGCGCCCCUACUACGCACGCUGCACCUCAACCAGAUCGACAAGUUCCCCUCGCAGCCCUCCCUCCUGUCCAACCUGCGCUCCUUCUCCAUCUCGAACGCCUCCGCGCACGCAGGCUAUACCUUCCCCACGCGCACCGAGAUGUACGACGCCCUACGGUCAAUGCCAUUGCUGGAAAACCUGUCGCUGGUGAACAGCAUGGCGCGCGAAGGCUCAGGCGUCCCCGGCGCCCCCUUCUCGCUGCACCACCUGCGCGCGCUCACGCUGCACGGCCCCAUCGACGCCGUCUCCUGCGUCCUGCAGCCCCUCCGCCUCACGCCCCCGGUCAAAAUAACGCUCAACACGUCCGACGACCCCGGCGCCGUGCGCGACAAGUCCGCAUCGCUGUUCGCGAACCUCGGCCGCACGGGCUUCAGCCGGUCCGACGCGCACGCGCCGCGCACGCUCGUCAUCACGCUCUUAGACGGCCGGCUGACCGUCACGACCUUCGCCGACGCGCACACCGAGCUGCGCGCCCUAACCAACCGCGUCCUCACGGCCCCCUCCAACGCGAGCUUCAGCCUCACAAUCGCCCACCGCCGCCGCGCGAACGCAACAAGCGGCACGCCGCACCUAACACGCUGCAUCCCCGACCUCUUCGCGCGCGCGCUCCCCGUGGCGUCCAUCGAGCAGGCCUCGGUCCUCGGCAUGACGAACACGCCCGACGCGUCCGCGCGCGCGCUCUUCGAUCCCUUAUGGAAGACCGCGUUCGGCGCGUGCACACGGCUGGCCGGGCUGUACGUCGCCGGGCCCGCCGCGUACGUAUUGCUGCGCGCUUUAUCCGAGCCGCUCGCACAGCCCGUGUUGCCCGCGCUGAGUAACUUGAUCUUCGACGACAACCACAUCUCGCGCGUGCGGCUCUUCGAGCACGUCCCGCUGUACGACAUAUUACUGCAAGCCCUCUCCACGCGCGACAUCCCGCGGCUGCAGAUCCCCGAUUCGCCGCUGUUGACGGGCGCGGAGAUAGAGGCGUUGAAAGCGCAUACAAACCUCGUGACGUUCGCGCGCGCGCCGCAUGGGGGCGGCGCGGGUGGAUGGUUGGAUGGCGCGGGCGAGGUGCUGCCGAUGCUGCUCGACGCCGGCGGCGGGAUUAUCGGCGGCGGCGGGGGCGGGAUCAUGGACGCGGGCGGCGGGCCCAUAGGGAUGGGCGCGGGCGACUGGAUCGGCGCGGCGGAGCAUUUUCUCGAGCUGGGGGACGAUGAGGAUGGGGAGGACGGGGAGAGCGAGGAGGAGGAGAUGUUGCUGGAGGAGAUGAUGGUGGGGAUGCAGGAGGAUGUCGGGGCUUUGGGCGGGUUUGAGGUUGUGGGG